AUGGCUGCUGUCGACCCGAGCUUCCCUACUCUACCCAUCGCAUUCCUUUUAUCCGCUAUGCUGCUCCUUUUCGUGCUCUUGACCAGCUUCAUGCAGCGAAGCUGGAAUCUCGGGAAAACGUUCCUGUGCUUCUGGCUUUUCGUCGACAACAUCACCACUGCCAUAAACAUGAUAAUCUGGUCUGACAAUGCCGAUAUCAAGUUAUACGUGUAUUGCGAUAUCGUAACUCACACGCAAGCAAUCGCCUAUGUUGUCAAACCCAUGGCAACUCUCAUAAUCACCCGCCGGCUCGAUAUGGUUGCGAGCCUUCAGUCGACGAGUCAAGGUAGCAAUGGAACGGACAGGAAAGCUCUUCUCAUAGAAUGGACACUGGGUCUGGUCAUUCCUCUGCUCGUCGCAGGCCCUCUAUACUACGUAGAGCAGAUCGCCCGAUUCCAGAUCCUCGACAUGUUGAUCCUCCAAUCAUGGAACAUCAUCCCGCCUCUUCUAUCCGUCACCAUCUACUACCCGAGAGUAGCGCGCGUAUUCUUCCUGCAGUAUAGGGACAGCAAUCAGUUUUUACCCGCCGAGGGCCCGGGCACACGCAAGAACCAUCUCCGCAUCCUCGCGCUCGCCAGCAUCGACAUACUGUUCACAUUACCGAUCGGCAUCGCGAGCCUCGUGUUGAACGUUAAGGAGCUGUUGGACGUCGGAGCCUUUCUCUUCUACCCCGGCUGGAGCGUCGUGCACGACUACUGGGAACCGCUCAGCGUACCGUACUCGGAGCUACAGGCCAUCGGGAGUUAUGCCGUCGCUCUGCAAUACAUCACGUUCUGGGCGUCUCCGACUUCGGCGUUCGCGAUAUUCGGCCUUUUCGGCCUGACUGUGGAGGCACGCGCUUAG